AUGCCUGUGUCCGCAUGUGUGGACCACUUCACGAAGCGCCGUGUGGCGCUGUGGGAUUUCAACCGGCCGUACGACGAAAUCACGGAGUCUGAGUGGAUCGCGUGGUUUUCUAUGGCGUUCGAAGAAGAGCCUCGAGACCUCGACACCCUGAAGAGGCGUCUAGAGGCGACCAUCCGUUUCGACACGAAGAUUCUGGACGCCGACUCUCGGGUUGGGAAGAUGCUCGACGAGCUGAUGAAGGCCCUAGAACGGGACAACCAGGAGUGGGUCCUCAAGGACGAAGUCGGCGUCAAGAAGCAGAUGCAACUGCAAGUCAACAAGCCGCUGCGUUCCGACGUGUUUCGCUUCGUUAACUGGUUGCGGACGUUCGCAACCGGUUACCAACUCUACGGCGGCGUAGAAGACGAGGAGAAGCCAGCCAAGCCGGCGAAGAGCCAUGACGGUCGUGGCCAUGCGUCGAAGAGGCUCGACGAGAAGAAACCGGACGGGGGAGCUGGAUCAGCGAAACCCCGGUCCGCGGACGGUGUGACUAAGUCGGACACACCGUCUACCCCCGCGCGAAAGCCUGCUGCGUGUCUCAAGUGCAAGUCUACGGCUCACAAGGUCACGGACUGCCCGAAGACGGCGCCUGGCGAAGCGCAAGCGCUGCUAGCGGCGCAGAUGCAAAAGUGGAAGGACGCCCGCGAGGCGCGUCCGACUGCUAAUGUUAUCGACCUCGGUCCAAACCGCUCCAAGAUAGAAGGCGGUGCCACGGUGGCAGACGUUGUCGUGGUUGAGAACCUGCUGCUUGACACGGGUGCCAACGUCAACGUGGCCUCCGUGGCGUUGAUUACGGCGCUUGAGAAGGCGGGCGUGGCGACCCAGGUGGUGGUGGACGACACACCGACCGCCCUGUACCCGUACGGGAAGGAGACCAAGCCGGUCAUGCUAUCCCGUCGCUUACGACUGAGUGUGGCGCUCACGACGACGUGUGGCCCUCUCCUACUGCGUGGCGUGCCCGUGUGGAUCGACGACGAGGCAGACGCCGACGUGGCGCUGAUUAUCAGCCGUCCUGUGAUGGAGUCCUUGGGAUUCUCUACGGACGCGCUGCUCGUGAAGGCGCGGUCUCUUAAACCUGAGUGGGACAUGUCCGACAGCGAGUUCCUGCCGUCUGCUGACGCCGCUGUGAAUCGGGUGUCCGCGUCCCGUCGUACCGUCCAGGACGAUGACCCCGAGGCCGGGAUGGAGUGCUCUACCCCUGUGCUAGACUUGCUGCCGGGCGAGAGCAAGGACGACCGUCGUCGACGUUGCGAGGCCGAGGUGAAGGCUAUUCUGGCGGCGAAGGUCGAAGACGCACGAAGCCUCGGUCUACGCGACGAAGAAGUCGAGCGCUUGGAACAACUGCUGUCUAAGUUUGUGGAC